AUGGCCCACCAAGCAGACGCCCGCCGCCAUCUCGACGAGCGCGGCUACACUGGACCUUUGAUCCAUAACGACAACCCGCUCAAACUCUUCGAAAAGGCCGUCCGAGACCGCGUCGUGGACAGCUACUACUGGAAAGAACAGUGCUUCGGCCUCAACGCUGCCACCCUCCUGGACCGCGCUGUUGAGCUGACAUGCAUCGGCGGUACCUUUGGCGUUGGGCAGAGACCGACACCAUUUCUGUGCUUGGCGUUCAAGCUUCUACAGAUCACGCCAGAGCGCGAGAUCAUCGAGUUCUAUCUGGGAAAGGCUGGGGAAGAGUUCAAGUACUUGAGACUACUCGCAGCCUUCUACGUACGGUUGACAUAUGAGAAGGGGGAGGAUGUGUACACGACGCUUGAACCUCUGCUGGCGGACUUCAGAAAGAUCAGGCGGCGCACGAGGGAGGGCUGGUCGCUGACGCAUGUGGAUGAGUUCGUGGAUGACCUGCUACAAAAGAGUCGGCUGAAUCCGAGGACCUUUCUGGAGGACGAGGGGAUAAUAGAGCCAAGGGAGAGCGCGUUGGGUGAAGAGUUGGAGGAGCUGGAUGGCGAGGGCUCAGAAGGCGGCGGGAACGCUGAGUCUGAUAAAACGAGUGGCGAUGGGGAUGGCUCAAUGGAUGGAGAUGUUGACCCACGGAAUGGAGAUCGCGCCAGUAGCAGGGAGGCCACACCAGAAGCAGCCGCUCGAAGUGAUGAGAGCAUGGCCGGCGAUUGA